GUGAACCGGUGAGCGAGAGAGAAAGAGAGAGAGGGAAAACGACAGAUACGGCACAAGCAGUAGAGAGGCUGUAGCAGUAGCGUUAGCAGAAAGCGAUUCGCAGUCCUUCCCCUCACCCAGCCUAGCAUGCAGGCCAGCACCAUGGCAGCCGCAGAUUCGACCAAGAUGGAAGGUUUCUGGAGCAACUGGAAGUGCAAGGUGAUGGAGUUGCUGUACUGGCGGAACCUGAAGCAGAGUGGGCUUGUGUUUGGCAGUUUACUGCUGCUGCUCUUCUCUCUGACGCAGUUCAGUGUGGUCAGCGUGAUGGCCUAUCUGGCCCUGGCCACCCUCUCCGCAACCAUCAGCUUCAGAGUCUACAAGUCCGUGCUGCAGGCUGUGCAGAAAACAGACGAGGGACAUCCCUUCAAAGCAUAUCUGGAGGUGGAGAUGUCACUGUCCCAUGAUCAGAUGCAGAAGUACGCAGAAAACGCCCAGUAUUAUAUCAACAGCACACUGAAAGAACUGCGCAGACUGUUUCUGGUGUCUUCAAUGGACUCACUCUUCUUAUUAUGGUGGUGGUGUCCAUGUUCUCGAUGCCUGUGGUCUAUGAGAAAUACCAGGCACAGAUUGAUCAGUAUCUGGACCUAAUAAGAACCCAAGUCAACUCUGUGGUAGGAAAGAUCCAGGAGAAGAUUCCUGGGGCCAAACGAAAGGCUGAAUAGGCCCCACAGGGCCCCCUGGAGGAGGUUGUGAGCCACUGAAUGCCCCAUUAUUGGGAGAGCUGAAAGAUGAUCAAGAGUUCCUCUUUGUACACACACACACACGCACACACAGAAAUCAGACACAAAUAAACAUCACUGGAACAUAGUUCUACUUUGUACACAUUGUGACGUCUAGAGCAACGGCUGAGCUGUGCAGGAGAAGUCCCAUCCUCGCCUUGUAACCAUAGAAAAAAAGAAAGAAAAAAGCGAAGCGUGCUGUCUCUCAAAUCAGGAUCUAGUCAGAAGUACAACUACUCAAUGAAUUGUAAAAGUAACCUUGAAACAUAUAAUUCAAAUAUGGCAAAAAGACUAGAUGUGAUUUUUUUUUGUAUGUGUUGCUCAUAAAGUGCAUGAAGUCAAGAGUCUUAAGUGCUGAUGAAUUCUCUUUUUAUCUUUAAAGUGUGUGUGCUUUCUCAGCUGUGCUGAAAAUCUCUGUAGUACGUGAAGGAUCUCUCCAGCUUUAUUGCUCUCCAGUGACACUCUAUUCUUGGGGGAAAAAAAGCUUUUUUUUGUGUCUUGGGCGUUGGAGGGGGCUUUUCCUCUUCCAUCAUUAUAUCUGUGAACAUAAUUAACAUAACCGUCAUUGUCAGCUAGACGCAUGGAUCUGCUGAGGUUCAUGAUAUCUGGGCACAAACGCAACUAUUUAGCAAUGUUCUGAUUAGAUAUGGUCAGCUCACUCGUAGCAUUACAGUAUGUUUCUUUUUCGUAGGACUCCGCUACAGAGAUUCAUGUUUUUAGGUGUUGUCAUUGAUCUUUU